AUGGCUAUAGAUGAUGCCACCGUCAGCAAUCAGAUUACGGGGCCUGUCGAUGACGAGACGAAGAAGGGUCCAGAUGCUGUCGUUAAGUCGGAGGCUUCUUCGGAUUCUGGAAAUAAUAAUCGCAGGCGAUUCAGAGAAUACAAUGAGGCUGCCUUUGAUCAAUCCGAAGACCCCAGGUUCUAUAAGCCAAUUCCCGAGUAUGAAGGUAUACAUCGUUGGGAUCCCGACUUUGACUGGUCUGAAGAAGAGGAGAAAAGGCUUGUCAGAAAGGUUGAUUGGAGGAUAUGCACUUUUGCCUGUAUCACGUUCUUCGCGCUCCAACUGGAUCGUGGCAAUGUAGUCCAAGCCACGUCUGAUACAAUGCUUGCGGAUCUCGGAAUGAACACCAAUGAUUACAAUACUGGCCAGACAAUUUUCUAUUGCGCCUUCCUUUUUGCGGAGCUACCGUCACAGCUGAUCUCCAAGAAGUUGGGUCCGGACCGAUGGAUUCCCAUACAAAUGUUCUCUUGGAGUUUGAUAGCUGCUUGCCAGGCUUUCCUAACGAACCGGGGUGGAUAUUACGCUUGCCGAGCGCUAUUAGGGUUGUUCGAGGGUGGUUUCAUUCCUGACACAAUCCUCUUCCUUUCGUUUUGGUACAAGUCUAGAGAGUUGCCAAUCCGCUUGAGCUUUUUCUGGGUCUCCUACCAAGGGACCGCUAUUAUUGGUGCCUUCCUAGCAUUCGGGUUCCUUCACAUCAGAAGAGAAGAUGGUACCGGAGGUUGGAGGUAUCUCUUUGCUUACGAAGGUCUUAUCACCGGUGUCAUAGCCAUCAUUGCCGCCUUCUGGAUGCCUCCAUCGCCAACGCAGACAAAAGGUAUCCUACGUGGGAAGGACGGAUGGUUCAGUGAACGUGAAGAAAAGAUCCUGGUCAACCGAAUCAUUCGAGAUGAUCCUAGCAAGGGGACAAUGCACAACCGCCAAGCAGUCACACCGAAGAUGCUAUGGAAAGCUCUUUGGGACUAUGAUAUGUGGCCUAUAUACCUGCUAGGACUAACCUGGAUGAUUCCAAACACUCCGGCGACAAGUUAUAUCUCCAUCCAGCUGAAGUCACUGGGCUACAACACGUUCCAAACCAAUUUGAUGACUAUACCGGCUUAUGCUCUCUUUAUUGUCAACCUUCUUUUCUGGACAUGGGUUUCGGAACGCUUUGACGUACGAUUUCUCUUGGGAAUUGUGAGUGAAGUCUGGUGCUUAGUGCCGCUUAUUGCACUUGCCGUCCUCCCAGACAAUACCAGUCCAUGGGCGUUGUGGAUUCUCAACGUGAUCUUGAUUGGUGCCCCUUAUGUACAUGCCAUAAUCGUGGCCAUGACUUCCAGAAACGCUGGGUCGGUAUCAACCAGAACAGUCGCCAGCGCCAUCUAUAACAUGAUGGUGCAGGUUUCUAAUAUCAUCGGCAACAACAUAUACCGGGAGAAUGAUAAACCGCAUUAUCGUGUCGGAAAUCGUGUUCUCAUAGCCCUGGCGGCUUGGAGCUUGGUUCUAUUUGUUGGUGCAAGAUACUAUUAUGAGUGGCGCAAUAAGAAGAGGGCAGAAAUCUGGGACAGAAUGUCGAGUACCGAGCGUGAACAAUACUUGGCAGCCAAUGGUGAUAAGGGAAACAAGCGACGAUACUGGAUGUCGGACCAUCUUGUUCCAGCGCGGAAAGCCAAAUGCUUCUAG